AUGCGGGUGAGCGGUCUCGUGUGCAUGUUAGAGCCCCAGCGCUGGGAACACGGCCACCCAGCAUGCGGGUCUACUCCCACUUUCAUUUCAACAACUAUGCCUCGUCUCUACCGCCGCGCACAGCUCGCAGUGCACAUUAAGAAGGCGAUCUGCGCGCAUCAUGUGCAGAACCCUCUCAUGCGCCAUGUUGACUUGGCGCGCUGGUGUUUUACUCGGUACGGGCUCCGUCCCGACCGCAGCACGAUCGGACGGAUUUUGAAGGCGGCGGAUCGUUGGCGCGCGCCCUCCGCGGACAGCAACCCCGUCCGUGUUCGUGGCGGAGCCCACCUCGACCUCGAAAGCGCCAUGGUGCGCUGGAUCUCGAACGCCGGCCCGGCGGGGAUCCCGCUCACGCUGCAGACGAUCCGCGACCACGUCGCGGUCAUCGCAAGUGACUUGGGAAAGCCGCCGACUUUCCGCUGUUCCGUGGGAUGGGUGCGUCGCGCUUUGCGCCGCAAUGGCAUUCGGUGCCACAGCGCUGCUGGGGAAGCCGCGGAUCAGGACAUGGCUGCGGUCCGCACUUGCAAGGAGAAGCUCCCGCAGCUUCUCCUCUACCUCUGUGUCUCCCCGCGCGACGUGUACAACUUCGACGAGACCGCCCUGUUCCUUUCGGUGUUGCCCCGAAAGACGUACGGGCGUACACGGGUGGCGGGUCGCAAAAUUCCAAAGGAGCGCCUCACGCUUUUCACGCUCUUCAUGGAGCAACUGAACGCGGCCAUGGUGGCCGAAGAACGCCACAUCGUUAUCCUGCUUGACAACGCCUCGAGUCACGUGCUCAAGACCGAGGAUGCCGAGACCGAGGACUUGUUCGGCUUCCGCACGCGGUCGCUGAGCAACCUCCGCCUGGUGUUCCUUCCGCCUAACACCACCGCUUUCACUCAGCCGCUGGACCAGGGCCUCAUCGCCAUGACGAAGGCCCGGUACAGGCAGCAUUGGCUCGAGGCCGUCGUCGAAAGGUGGGUGGAGGGCGGCGCCACCGCGAAUUUCGCGCGCUACAAGCCGAACCUCCGCGACGUCCUGGCGUGGCUGCUGGACGCCUGGAUGAACAUCGGCCCGCGCACGAUUCAGAGGUGCUGGUGGCGGACGGAGUGCCUCCCCCUUGCGUGGGCUCUGUCUCUGUCCCACGUCGGCGCCGCAGGCUUGACUCCUGGUGGGCGCGGCGUUGCACCGCUCGACAUCGAUCUCGAUGAGGAGAUCGGUGACGUCGGGAUUCUCAUAGAUCGACUUGCUCUCGGGCCGAGCGCGAUGCCGGCCGCCGACUUCGUCGCAAUCGACGCGGGGCAGCCGACAUGCGCCGAGCCUGGGGAGGACCCUUUGGCCGAGGAGCCUGCGACGGCGUACUCGGCUGCCUCGUGGGAGCCGCCGGCGAGCAUGGAGGCGGUCUACCAAGAUGCGGAUCCCGCGUCCCGUGAGGCUCGUCGCUAUGCGCGCGCCGCAUCUGAGAUGCUCAUCGGGUACGCGCGCUCCACCUGCAUCACCCCCCGCGAGCUUUGCGCACUCUUCGAGAUCCGCAACCCGAUCAUCGUGGCGCGCAUGGAGAGGGCGAGCCCGCCGUUGAACCUCAACGCGACCCCGAUCGCCACCCCCAGGCUGUCCGAGACCCCGGAUGCCGUGCGCCCUCGUCCUCGCGGGCGCGUCCUCCCUGCGUGGAUGACGGCGCCAUCCCCUCGCCAGGCUCUCAUUGAUGCUGGCGCGCCUGCCGUCAUGGACGGCUUCAUGGAUGCGGCGGAGUGGGUGCGUCUGUGA